GUUAAACGUUAGUCAAUAUCACAUAGUGACAGUGAUCGGGUCGUAGUGAAAAUCUUCAGUGUCGCAGUAUUAAUAAGCAAUCUACAAUGUUUAAAAUUGAAUAUUUUUCCAAAAGAAAGCUCCCAGAAUUAACAAUCGAAUUAAUUGGAUCUUUUAGUAUUGACGGUGAUUUGCAAUAUCACGCUGAUUUAUCGCAAUUAAAAUAUUAUAUUCCUCCUUCAGAUCCUAAUGUAUAUUAUGAUCUUGAUUAUAAUGCUGCGUCUACUUGUCACAAACCUAAUUCAUACAUCAAAUUGGAUGAUAUAUUAAGAUGGAUUUCGGACAAUUUUAACCAGCUUGAAAAACCAUUAUCACCGAACGAAAGACAUUGGUUGAGUGUAGACUUUGUUUGCCGCCGUGGUGCAUUAAAAACAAUAUUCUCUAGCCCGUAUAAGAAGUAUAAAGGAUGGAUUAUUUGUGCCAGCAAAUAUCGUGGUACAAUAUACUUAUGUGAAUAUUAUACAGAUGAAGGUCAACACGUCAAUGACAGCAAAGAUAAACUAUAUUCACGUGGAUUUAAGUUUGAACAAUAUAUGGUAGCAGAUCACCCAGCACAUAAGCCAGAUUUAUCAGUGCCUCUCAAUGAAUGUGAAGAAUUUCGUUGUGUGUUUAAAACAAAAUUUGGCGAUCAUUCGCUAUUAUACGCAGCAGAAAUAGACGGCAUUUCUUCAGAACAGCCAAUAGAAGAUACUCUCAUUGGCAAAAAAUUUACUAUCAUCGAAAUGAAAACAUUACCAUUGUAUGAUAAAAAUGGGAGUUUGUAUGGCAAACUUACUCCUGACAGAGUAGCAGGAUGGUGGAGUCAGAAUUAUUUAGCAGGAAUAGACACAACUGUAUGUGGAUUAAAAGUUGGAAAUGCAGUGCGGAUGAUAAAAGAAUAUCCUACGCAUAUUUUGCCGCAAUUUUCAAAAGUUGACUGUAAUAUGGACAAGUGUAAAAUGUUCUGCAAAAUAUUUCUAGACUAUGUCAAAAGAACCGUAAUUAAAGAUCAUGAUGAAUGCAUGUAUAAAUUUCAGUGGAAUCCAUCCACUAGGGAUAUUGUGCAUUAUAGCGAAGAAUGUCCUAAUAAUGAAAUGUAUACAUUUUUGAAACCAUGGUUUACAAGUAGAGCGGAAAAACACAAAUUUCCUAUAAAUGUAAGAAAUUAAAACACCUAAAAAAUGUUGCAGAAAAAUGUUGUAGAAAAAUCCAAGAGAUCCAUUAAAGACGUCCUAGUCUGUACGCAACAUAAGUUAAUGUUAAAAACAUACUUAAACUCAUAGUGAUUCUUGAUUAUAUUUUCAAACUCGUAUAAUAUUUCAUUUGUCUUCUUCAAAUAUUGAGACCAUAUAUUUUAUUAUUUUAUAAGUUAUAUAUAUACUUUAUAAGAUACAUAUACAAAUAUUAUAAAUAAUAAUUAUUUUCUGGAAAUGUUUGA